AUGUUGGGAAAUACUUAGUAUUUCAAAAAAAUUCAUGAUGCAGUAUUUAAAUUACUCUAUGGAUAACCUAAAAAAUUAAUUCCAAGGACUUUAGAAGGCCCAAUCGUAUGGCCAUUUUUUUAGAGGUCUCUGGAAAUUGAGAAAUUGAAACAUUUUAUAUCUUACGAAGAGAAUAUAUUCAAAUAAUAGGUGAACUCAAAGAAUACUGUGUUUGUUGUUGGAGCUAAGGGAAUCGGUAAAAGUUGGUUUUUAAGGAAUACAUGCAAAAAUUCAAUAGUAAUAGAUAAUUCGCAUAUAAAUUUUCAAUCAUUUUUUGAUCAGAUGAGGAUGGAGAUAAUAAAAUAUGUUUCUGAGCAAAAAUUGGUCUCAAAUUAAGAAAUACUUUAAAUUGCAUUGAGAAAAUAUUUGCCUUAAUACUUGGACAUUUAUUUUAAUUAAUAUAUUAGAGAUUAAUUAACUGAGAAUGUUAAAUAGGAAUUAAAAGUAAAUGUAAGCUAAGGAAACUAAUUAAACAAAUUGGAUUGGGAUACAGGAGAGCUGGAGUUUUGGGAAGAGGAUGCAAAAUAAAUAUAAAUGAAUUCCUAUAAUUCAUUAAAUGUUGAGAAUAGUUUUUUUUAAUUAGCAAAGUUAAUUUACAAGGAUGAUGAGUGUUUUGGAUGUUUAAAUUUAAUGAUGGAUCUAAUCCAAUAGAUAGAAAUUGAUAAAAUUGAUAACCCUAUUAAAAUUAAUGCCACAAUUGCAGCUCAACAGUAAACGGACUUUCUCUUUGACAUCCUUAAUUAUGCUUCUGGAUUUGAUAAGAGCAGCAAUAAGAAGAAGGAGGUUUCUCUAGUUUUAUUGAACAUAGACAAAUUGUUGGAAUAUUAUAAAUACGACGCUGAAACUAUAGACUUCUUUGAUCACUUAAUUUUAAGAACAUAUAACCCGUAUGGCAUUCGAAAUCACUUUCCUUUGGUAAUAGAAUCUAGCAAUAGCAAAUUCUUUAACAGGGAUAUGAUGGAGAUGAUGAAUAUUGAAUUAAGUACAGUAUUGCACAUUGACAUAUCUGAUAUUAAUAAAGAAUAGAUUAAAAUAAAGCUUAGAAACUAAUUUAGAGAGGAGAUUGAUUAAAUUUAUGAACGCCUUGGAGGCUCAUUAUAAGCGUGGCAUUAAUUGACUAAGUAAGCUGUAACAAAUGAUGAAUUCGAAUUGGAGAGGUGGUUCGAAUCCUUCAGUAAAUUAGAAUACAACAAGUUCAAUUAUUUGAUGAAUAUGACUACAAUAAACAAUGAGAUAAGCAAUUAGCUUGAUAAUAAUCAUGUGGAUGCGAAUAUUUAUCGAAUGAUGAAGGCCUUACAUUAUUUUAAAGGUAAUAUGUUUACGGGAACGUACUAUGCAGACAUGAUAUUGAUGGAAAAUCCAAUAAUCCAUGCUUUGCAACAGGAGAACGUUCUGUAUCACCCUAAAUAUGUUUCUCAUUUACACUUUACUUAAAAAUAUUACAACCAGUUCUGCAGGGAGUAUUUACAAAGGAGGAAAAAAUAAAUCAAAUAUUGGCCUGAAGAGGAGAAGGAUGCAGAUUUGUUUGUUUCAGCCUUUAAGUCGGAGAGGAAGAAAAGAGGAGAGUAUUUAGUAUAGGUUACUGAUGAACCCAGAAGACACAUAUAUGAUGACAUAAGAAAGGAGGAUAGACCAUAUCAUGAGUAUUACUUGUGA